GGAAAGGCUGGGCUCUCCCUAGCAUUAUCUAAACACACGCAAAAGCACGCAGCCACGCAGCAAACGCGUCUGCCCACUCAAAUGCUCCUAAAGCUGUUUUUCUGCUGGAGCGAGAGCCAACAGCUGUUGAGGACAGACGAGAGGAACAGAGGGGAAGAGGAGGAGGUGGAAGAAGAAAAACCUCUUAAACUUCUGUCAGUCCAGUUCAGUCAGUCUUCAGGGUGAGAGCCUUCUCUUGGAGUAUUUUUUUUUUUAAAUUCUCCUAUUUGACAUAAGGUGGAGGAAGAAGAGGGAACUGGAGUUCAUACAAGUGAAUGGGUUGCUAUGGUUACUCACCCAGGGAGCCUGACCCGUGCAGAGUGAAUGGAGGGAGCGCCAAGUGAAACGAUAAACUAGGCAAAGGGAGUCAUUGGAGAAAAAGAGAGAGAGUGAGAGAAGAGAGGAGAGGUGGUGGAUAGCAGAGAAAGUGGAGCAGAGUCUGAGAAUGGAGGACGGCUUUUCCAGCUACAGCAGCUUGUAUGACACCUCGUCGCUACUGCAGUUCUGCAAUGAUGACAGCGCGUCAGCAUCCAGCAGCAUGGAGGUCACCGACCGCAUCGCCUCCCUGGAGCAGAGGGUCCAGAUGCAGGAGGACGAGAUCCAGCUGCUCAAGUCCGCUCUGGCCGACGUGGUCCGCCGGCUGAACGUGUCUGAGGAGCAGCAGGCCAUGAGCUUACGUCGAGGGCCCACCAAAGAACCUGCUUUGAUGAGAAAGUCUCCCUCGGCAGACAGCCAUGUUGGGAAGUCAGCCCGGCCAAUGAUAGCCACCUUGCCGUUAAGACCCUCAGUCAACAACGGGACUAUUCUACCAAAGAAAGGCGGUGGCACUCUGCCCUCUCCGUCCGGAUCUGGAUCCAGGAAGGACACCAGCACAGCAUCCACCAGGAGCACGGUGAGGAGAGCCAACUCCAAUGAGCACGUGGGGUCUCUCACGCGGAAAGAUUCGGGUGACUCCAAAGGCAACCGAACUCGUGCUGGGUCCACAGGCAGCAAUUCCAGUGGCAAAAGAAGUGACAGCAAGCAGAGGGACCCAGUGUUCAACGCAGGGAUGCGACGUGUGACACACUGCAAAGAGGAAGGGUAUGUGAAAAUGUAUUUGAAGGGCCGUCCCAUCACCAUGUUCAUGCCCAAAGACCAAGUGGAUGGGUACUGUCUGGAGGCCAGAGCCGACCUUCCGGCCAACAAGCUCAAACUGGACUGGGUCUAUGGCUACCGUGGUCGAGACUGCCGCUCAAAUCUUUACUUGUUGCCCACUGGAGAAACCGUGUACUUCAUUGCCUCUGUGGUUGUCCUGUUCAACGUGGACGAGCAGCUGCAGAGACACUACACUGGACACACGGAUGACAUUAAAUGCUUGGCAGUCCACCCUGAUAAAAUCACCAUAGCAACCGGGCAGGUGGCCGGCACCUCUUUAGAGGGUAAAUUGGCUCCACAUAUUCGCGUGUGGGACUCAGUCAGCCUCAACACCCUCCAUGUUCUGGGAGCCGCUUACUUUGAGCGAGCCCUUGUCUGCUUGGCUUUCUCCAAGUCGAAUGGAGGAAACACACUGUGUGUUGUUGACGACUCUAACGACCACGUGUUGUCUGUUUGGGACUGGCAGCGAGAAGACCGACUGGCUGAGGUUAAGACGUCCAACGACACAGUGUUUGCUGCAGAUUUUCACCCGACUGACAGCAACAUCAUGGUGACCUGUGGCAAGUCACAUCUCCAUUUUUGGAACCUGGAAAAAGGCAUGCUGGUCAAGAAGCAAGGACUUUUUGAGAAACAGGAGAAGCCCAAGUUCGUUUUAUGUGUGACCUUUGCAGAAAAUGGAGAUACCAUCACUGGAGACUCAAGUGGGAACAUCUUGGUGUGGGGGAAAGGCACUAAUCGCAUCAGCCACGUCAUCCACGGAGCUCACGAGGGCAGCAUCUUUGCCCUGUGCAUGCUGAGGAACGGCACUCUGGUGUCUGGAGGCAAAGACUGCCGCCUCAUCUCUUGGGACAGCGGCUACCAGCAAAUCCAAGCAGUGGAGGUGCCUGAUUUGUUUGGUCCCAUCCGGACUGUAGCAGAAGGCAGAGGGGACACCGUUCUCAUCGGAACCACAAAAAACUUUGUUUUGCAAGGCAGCUUAGACGGAGAGUUUGUUCCCAUUACUCAGGGUCAUACUGAUGAGUUGUGGGGUCUGGCUGUGCAUCCCUGUAAGGCCCAUUUUCUCACCUGUGGCUAUGACAGGCAUGUCUGCCUGUGGGAUUCCAGUUCACAUCAGCUCGUCUGGAGUAAAAAUAUGGACGACACUGCCCAGUCAGCAGCCUUCCACCCGUCUGGAGCUGUUGUUGCGAUAGGAAGCCAGAUUGGAAGGUGGCUGGUACUGGACACCGACUCAAAGGAUUUAGUCACAGUGCACACAGAUGGGAAUGAGCAGCUUUCUGUUAUGAGCUUUGGCCCAGAUGGCAACUUCCUGGCCAUCGGCUCUCAUGACAGCUACAUCUACGUCUACGCCGUGGCAGAAAACGGCAGGAAGUACAGCAGAGUGGGGAAGUGCUCAGGUCACUCCAGUUUCAUCACCCACCUGGACUGGUCAGUGGACUCCCAGUAUCUGGUGUCUAACUCAGGAGACUACGAGAUACUGUACUGGAUCCCCUCCGUGUGCAAACAGGUGGUCAGCAUGGAGACCAUUAGAGAUAUUGAAUGGGCCACUCACUCCUGCACUCUUGGCUUUCAGGUUUUCGGCAUGUGGUCCGAUGGCUCAGACGGCACCGACAUCAAUGCUGGCAGCAGGUCCAAUGAUAAGAGCCUGCUUGCUACCGGGGAUGACUUUGGGAAGGUCCACCUCUUCUCCUUCCCCUGUUCUCAGUUCAGGGCUCCCAGCCAUGUUUACGGUGGCCACAGCAGCCACGUGACCAACGUGACCUUCCUGUGUAACGACAGCUGCCUGGUGUCGACCGGAGGGAAGGACAUGAGUGUGAUGCAAUGGAGGAUAGUCUGAGCGGCAAGACUUGGAAAACAUGAACUUUGCUCUGCAGCUGGUCACUCCAGGCAGAAGCAAAACCCAACUGCACUACGACGGAACCAAGUGAAAUGCCUAAAAAUGUGGAUCUGAACUGAGGUGAAUUAACAAAGGCUUUUCUUUGCGGGUCUGCUUUCAGGUCCCUGAUCAAAUGAACUGGUGAGGUGUGAUGUGUUGCUUAGUGUUUCUCCCUUUUUUUCUUCUUCAUUCAAUCACACUACAUGUAAAAUCCCUCCAACAUACUGUAGCGCAGUGUUUCCCAACCUUAACUGAGCCAUGGCACAUAUUUUACAUUCGAAAAAAUCUCACAGCACACUCACUACCAAACAAAAAUGUCACAAAUAGUGUCCGCACAGGAUAAUAUAUUGUAUCAUCUGCCAUCUACAGGAAGAGCGAUUAAUUGUUCUGGCUGUAACUACACAUUGUUGGCGUGGAUAGAGGAACAAGCAUACAUUAUUUGCAGUAAAUAAUGUUGUACCAAUGAAGUGAAAUUGGAUAAUUUUCCACAGCACACUUGAUGACCUCAACCGGCACACUUUUUGGAAAACACUGCUGUAGUCCACUCACAUGAGAUGCAGAAUCCAAAUUUAAAAAGAACCAAAGGCUCUUUAUGACACAAUGUGUGCAAUUUUGCACUCUCCUGUCACAGCUUAAGGACUGAACUUUUUUUUAUUUUUGACUGACAUUACACUAAUCAAGCGAAAGGCAGAGUAUUGGAAGGAAAACUUUGCAUGGAAAGUUUUUUUUUGUAUUCGUUUAUUUUCUAUUGUAUUAAACCACUCAGGAAACCCCCUGGCAAAGUACAACCCUUCUCAUGACAACACCAGAUAAAUUACACACAUCCCCUUAACAACGAAAUUCCUUUUUAACUAUCAGGGGGCACUUUUCAAUCGUCAAAGGGCCAUCGAUCAAACAAUUAUUUUAUGAGCUUUUGUGGGUUAAAUGUCUGUGGGCUUUUUAUAACAGUUCUUCUGAGGCUAUAUUUAUUUUGAGAAUUGCAUGGCGGCCUCAUUCACACGCUCUUGCGGGGUCGUAGGUUCCCCACCCCCUAGCGUAAACACAUCUUGCUAAGUUGCACUUGAUUUAUAUGUAUGAAUUUACAAACUGUGUAUUCUAGAUAUUUAACUCAGAAGACAUUAACACCUCAAAUACAAACAUUAACCGGUGAGUUGUUUGUGCUUCCAAAUGUCCAAAAAGACACCUUAUAAAAAAAAAAAAGAAAACAUUUCUUUAUAUAAAAGGAAAAAAGAGGCUUGUCUAAUUUGAGGUGAAAAUGGGUGAAUUGAGGCUGUGUGUUUUUGUGUGUGUAAAUGCCACCUGCAAGGGGAAUCCAUAACAAGCUUUUUGUUGGGUUCUUCAAUGAACGGUAUCUUUCUAUUGCUGACUGCAGCCAUUGAGUGGAAGGAUGAGACCGUAUCACUGUAACUGCCUGAUGUGCUCCUCCAUGGUGUGCGCUUGGUCAAGGCAACAAAUCUUUAAUUAAACUUAGUUGUUGUUGUUGGUGGGCUUUUUUUUUUUUGUAAUUCUAUAAUAGAUGAAAAGACUCAUUCAGUCUAUUAAGAGAGGGACAGCAUAUUGAGGCUUAAUUGAGCUUUCCAGGAACCAGUAAUGUUUUCUUUCCACCCUGUGAUCUGUGAAUCAUCUACUGUGCUGUGCAGGUACAUUUCACACUCAAAACAUUGCUUUGGUUUGGAGUCAAAAGGAUAUCGCUUUGAUAAGGCGCAUGCUGUAAACUGGAAUUUGUCUUCCCAUGAUGCACCUGGACCCGCAAUUACCACGAAACAUUUAACAUUUGUCUGCCAGAUAAAACCAAAUAAAACUCCCAGGAUUUUGUGUCCAAACUGAA